AUUAUUGAAUCAAAUGAUGACUGAAUUGUCUGAAAAUGAGAAACAAUUGAUCCAAAAGGUCUCCGAAAAUAAGUUAGAAGAAGUGAAACAAUUGUUGAAUGAGAGCGAUGUGCGGAUCAAUUGUUGUGAUGACAAUGGCAUGAAUUUGUUACAACACGCGGCCUAUAAAGGAAAUCAUGAGAUCUGUCGGUAUUUCAUCGAAAGAGGAGCCGAUGUCAAUCACUGCCAACACAUCCACGGAUACACUGCACUCAUGUUUGCCGCACUCGGAGGUCAUCUAUCGGUGGUGAGCCUAUUGCUUGAAAGUGAGGCCAACAUCAAUGCAGUCAAUUCAGUCAAUAGAAAUGCCGCACAAAUGGCAGCUUUUGUUGGCCAACACGCGGCCGUUGCUAUCAUUAAUAACUUUAUAUCCAGAGAUGACAUCGAGUACUACACCAAAAUCCAAGGUUUAGAAAAAGAGCCGCGACUUAGUUUACGACUGGUCUCACCAUUGCAUACAUGGGUCAGACAGACAAACAUUCAUCCAAUUAAAGUAGGACUACAUCUCAAGGAUAAUUGGAUUCUUAUAGAAAACGGCGAUAAAAUUAUUAAAGUCUUGGAGUUGUUGUGCGAAAAACAAUUGCGACAAAAACAAAACGAAAUGAUUUCAUUGAAAGUUCAUUAUUUGGUUUUUAUUUUAAGACAUUUACUUAAACAACUUAACAUUAAUAUUAAAUGCAAAGAUAAUGAUGAGGACAAUGCUGAGGAAAGAGUCACCAAAAAGAAACUAAUGAACAAAUUGGAUGCCUUUCUUAAGUCAUGGCUUAAGGCCCGAGAGGGCGACGGCUUUCCCUUAUAUUUGGAACAAUUAUUGCGACAAAGUAUUCGCGAAUAUCCCUAUCAAGAAAGCGCUCUCUUUCAGCAAUUGAUCCGAACGCUGUCCACUGUCGAUAUCGGGUCAGAGCCGAGUGCUAUAUCGAUACUAUCGCAAGCAGUCAAUGGUCAGAAAGGAUUUGACGAAGACUCGAUAGUUUGCGGCACUUGUGGUGAACCAAAUCCAGACAAACGAUGCUCACAAUGCAAACGUGUGGCCUAUUGUAACAUUGAGUGUCAAAAAUUUCAUUGGAAUUCACACAAGAAGUUCUGCAAAAGUCCAGAGUAAUGACUCUUUUGAGACCAAACAUAGUCAAUACGGAUCAGUUAGUCGAUCAAUAACUGGUCAGUC